CGUGGUUUUUCCAGCCCAGCAGCUGUAUCUUUGCUCAUAUUUGUGGCAUUUCUGCCCUCCCCUCUCAGCAGUCACAUGGGCGGUUUCUGUUCUCCCGUGACACUUUUGAACAAAUAAUAGAGGGACGAGGCGUGCCAUGGCUGCCGGGUUGUUAUUGGGCAGCACAUCUUCCACAGCAUCCAACUCUCGGGACAGCACGGUGCUGUCCACCGGGCGGCGGCUCCAUUAAGACUGUCCACUGCGCAUCUGACCCUCCGCAUCGUUUAGACAGCUGGGACAGACACGGAAAAGAAACAGGAAGUGUGUGGAACUCUCUCGUGGAGGUUCAUCGAGGGUCACAGACUGACCCCAGGGUCUUCUCCUCUCAGCGACGAUGUCGACUGAGCGAACCCCUCUGAUUACGUCGGGCGUGUGCGGUCUGGCUGUGACGGCGGCAUGCAGCAGCGUGGAGCUGGACGCCGCCGCCCCUCAGUCCGACCCGGGGACGCCGAGCAAAGACCCUCGAAGACUGAAUACUUUCUUCGGGGUGAUGGUGCCGACCAUCCUCUCAAUGUUCAGCAUCGUGCUGUUCCUGAGAACCGGGUUUGUGGUUGGUCACGCGGGGCUGUUGCAGGGUCUAUUAAUGGUGGUUGUAGCCUACACCAUCAUUUCUCUCACAAUACUGUCCAUCUGUGCCAUUUCCACCAAUGGUGCUAUCCAAGGUGGUGGAGCAUACUACAUGAUCAGUCGGUCUCUGGGUCCGGAGUUCGGAGGCAGCAUUGGUUUGAUGUUUUUCCUGGCCAAAGUGUUUGCAUGUGGAGAGUAUGUUCUCGGUCUUGUGGAGGCGAUUCUUGACGUAUUCGGUUCGGAUCCUGACUCCUCUGAGGCCGUGCGGGUGCUCCCUCAGGGUUACUGGUACACGGUGCUGUACUCGUCAGUCGUCCUCCUGCUGUGUCUGUUCGUGUGUCUGGUGGGCUCCAAGAUCUACUCCCGCACCGCCUUCGCCAUCCUGCUGCUGGUCACCGUGUCCUUGCUGUCCAUCUUCAUCAGCUCGGUGGCGGUCAAACCUCGCGAUUUCGUCAUCACCCACAAGGGAACGGGCAACCAGACGCUCCGCUACAACGCCAGCUACACGGGCUUCAGCGCCACCACUCUGAGGAACAACCUGGGCUCUGGUUACUCUUUGGACUACAGCACCAACUCUGUCAUGAAUUUCGCCACUGUGUUCGCCAUCAUGUUCACCAGCUGCACUGGGAUCAUGGCCGGAGCCAACAUGUCAGGGGAGCUGAAGACUCCGAGUGUUUCCAUCCCUAAAGGCACCAUCGUAGCCGUCUUUUACACUUUCACGGUCUACGUCCUCCUCUUCAUCCUGGUCAGCGCCACAUGUGACAGGACCCUUUUGAUUCAGGAUUAUGGGUUUCUCCAGAGAAUAAACAUCUGGCCGCCGUUCGUCACCGCUGGGAUUUUCUGUGCUUCUCUGUCAGCUGCGAUGUGCUCCAUGAUCGGAGCGUCCCGUAUCCUCCAUGCUCUGGCUUUGGAUAGUCUCUUUGGUUUGCCGUUAGCCCCGGCUGCCAUCAUAUCAAACUCUGGGAAUCCGUGGGUUUCAGUACUGUACACCUGGGGUCUGGCACAGUGUGUAGUUUUUGCAGGCCAGCUCAAUGCUGUAGCCAGUGUGGUGACUGUUUUCUAUUUGCUCGCCUUCGCUGCGGUUGACCUGGCCUGCCUGGCUCUUGAGUGGGCGUCAGCACCAAAUUUCAGGCCGACCUUCCAGCUCUUCUCCUGGCACACCUGCCUGCUGGGCAUCCUGAGCUGCCUGGUGAUGAUGUUCGUCAUUAACCCCGUGUACUCCUCAGGCAGCAUCGUCCUGCUGCUGCUGCUGCUGCUUUUCCUCCACUACAGAUCACCCACCAGCAGCUGGGGCUACAUCAGCCAGGCUCUCAUUUUCCAUCAGGUGCGUAAGUACCUGCUGAUGCUGGAUGUGAGGAAAGACCACGUGAAGUUCUGGAGGCCGCAGAUGCUGCUGAUGGUGGCCAACCCUCGCUCCUCCUGUCAGCUCAUCCUGUUCAUCAACCAGCUGAAGAAAGGAGGGCUGUAUGUGUUGGGCCAUGUGCAGCUGGGAGAUCUGGACUCCCUGCCAUCAGACCCGGUCCAGCAGCAGUACAACUUCUGGUUGAGCCUGGUUGAUAAACUCGGGGUGAAGGCCUUUGUGGACCUGACACUGUCUCCCUCCGUCAGACAGGGAACACAGCAUCUGCUGCGCAUCACAGGCCUUGGUGGCAUGAAGCCCAACACGCUGAUUUUGGGGUUUUAUGACAGCUGCACUCCUGAGGACUUCUUCCUACAAGAUUCAGCGUUCUGUGAUUCUUCCAUAGGACAAGGCAGUGAGGGCGAGUAUAAUUUCGGAGUGGAUUUGCCUUCAUUACAGGCCCAUUUCCCCCCAGUCCGACAUGUUGAGAGCCCACGCUGGCUAUCACCAGAGGAGUACGUCGGGAUCAUUUCCGACGCCAUUAAAAUGAACAAGAACGUUUGCCUCGGCCGCUAUUUCUUCCAGCUGGAGGGGGAGGACAAAGAUAGCAAAGAGGACGGGUCGGAGCGGACAAUAGACGUGUGGCCUCUCAACCUGCUCCAGCCAGGCAGCCGAGAUUACGAGGACGUGUGCAGCCUCUUCCUGCUGCAGAUGGCCUGCGUGCUCAACAUGUCCAACAAAUGGCGCCACGCGAGGAUGAGAAUCUUCCUGAAUGUGGAGACGGAGUCCAGCGACCAGGGCUGGGUGGUCAACGAAGAGACGUUCAGAGAGCUGCUGAAGAAGCUGAGGAUCAGGGCGUCCAUUAAGAUCGUGCCGUGGGACUCUGUGGUGCAGCACCACGUGCAGCAGGACGUGAAGCCCCCUGCGGAGCAAACACACGCUCUGUCGGAGGACUUCCUGUCCGCAGUGAACAGUAUGCUGAUGGAGCACAGCUCGCAAGCCACUGUUCGCUUCCUGUAUUUACCUCAACCCACUGCUCAGCGCAGCCAGGCGCAGCAGUACUUGGCACAGCUGGAAGCAGUGACCAAUAGUUUAGGGCCAACGCUCCUGAUUCACGGUCUCACCCCGGUCACAUACACAGAUCUAUGAGCAUGUGCAGCCUUGUUUAUUGAUGCUGUAGUCGUAUCUGUGUAAACUCUGGUUACAUGUCAGAUGAACACAUAAUGUAAGGAGAAGGUACAGUAUGUUGCACCAGUUACUAUACGUUCACCUAAUGCUUUUGUGUUGUUUUACUCACGCUCCAGUCAAAUGCAUUUUUAAAAAUAUACCACUUGAGGUUUCUUUCUGGAUUGAAAUAGGAUAAUUUCCUAUUAACUCAUACUUGAACUGGCUUUGUGAUUGAGCCAAGAAACAGGGGAAUACUAACUAUUGUGGGGGAGAUUUAUGCUCGUAUAACCUCUUGUUUGCAUUUGCUUUAGGUCUGUCUUUUCACAUGAGACGGGAAAAGAAACAAAAAUACAAUUUGUUUGGAGCAAUACGGGUUGUCUACGACAUGGAAUAUAGAAAUUUCUAUAAUUUCAUGGAUGAAAUGAUGAAUUUUUGUUUUGCCGAGAGAAACAGAUUUUUCUGGUUCAGUCUCUAAAUUGUAUUGUGUUAAUACAUUUUUUUUUUUUUUGUAUAUAUAUAUAUAUUUUGUAUUUUUGUUGUUUGCUUUUUUCCCAAGUUCUCACAUUUCUGCUGAAUACUGGACAAACUUAACCCAAAGAGUUCUAAAUUCUGAGCUGAUUUUUUUAUUUUCAUGCACUUCUGCAAGCAUUCCUUUUACUGUGCAUCUGUAGUAUUCACAAAGGGAACUGCUCUUCUUGUUUUACCUCAGAAUUGUGAACAGCAUUCAUUGCUGUUGUGUGUGCUAACCGGGAAAAUAUAUAUUGGGAUUUUCUUGUGAAAAAUACACCAAAAAGAGGACAAUGA